AUGUUCUUCAUACCUUCCUUAUUGAUGAAGAGAAAUGAACCAUUGGCUGUCAUUUGGCGAGUUGUAUUUGAUGAGAAAUGGAGACCAUCUCGAAAGGUUAUUUUGGAGAUAAAUGUGCAAGCGGCUUGCCAACUUUUACUGGGAAAAAUGCCGAAUGGCAACCCAGGUGAAAUCAAGUUUUCUCUCUAUUUGCUUGCUCAGCUUUCCUAUGGCAUUGCAUUAAUCGUGCAAAAACGGGGUGACAUCCUGUGCAGAGACAUAGAGACAUUUAUUCCGAUCAUACGCCGUUAUCAGGAUGAAGAAGAAAACGAGUCAUCCAUGAAAGACAAGAAGGAUCGGAAGAAGCGCUCAGUGAAACGAAACGAUUUACUUAUUUUGGAUUCUUCGUUUGAGACCAUCGAAAAUGAACAUCUGAAAUUUGUGCUGGAUUACAGUGCAAUUACGUUGCAUGAAGAUAUACCACUUCCGGAAAUUGACACUUUGUUUAACGAUGAUUUUGGACCACUGACAGCGGCCGAAGCUCUACAGAUGGAAGCUCUUCUGAAAGAAGAAAGUGAACAUAUUAUUGAAAGCAAAUCAGGAAGCACAAAUGGGUCCAAAGAAUACAUUGUGAAUAUAAUUCCUGAAGCGUUGGCUAAUGAUGCUGAUGUUAACAAAGCAACACAUGUAAGCAAAAGUUGUUUAUGUCAAUAA